AUGUUCACAUUUGGGCUGGCAUUCGCCGAACUGUGGGGUUAUCCUACUGCACUGGCCGCUCUGGUCGGUGUGGUGACAUCUGUGGUUUGUGGAGCUAUCGCAGAUUGUACAAAACGCUUCAAGGAGCUGCUCAGAGUCUGUUGGGUUUGCUGCACCGCUACAAUAAUUUUCACCAGAUUUUGGCUUCGUAAUAAAUGGACAGGACCCAUUGACUCAGUAGUGUUCCUUGUGGCGUGCGCCGGCCUUGGUGGAUUUUCUAUUCCGCAAUUCCCGAUCGGAGUGGAAAUGGGCGUCGAAACGACUUUUCCGAUUUAUGAAGCAACGUCUUCGGGCCUCUUGGUGCUCAGCGGGCAGCUUUGGAUGUUUGUUAUGUAUUAUGUAUUUGAAACGACAAAGAAACUAAAAAUAAUCUACGAAUUCGAUGAUACGAAACUCGCGGGCAAUUGGCAGUUGAACCUCGAUAUCUGGUGCUUUCUGGGAGUCGUCGCAAUGGUUCUGUCGUUUAUUGUUAACCCAACGUAA